AUGCUAAGAAAGUAUGGCUACUACGACCUGUCAGAACUGUCAGUGCUGUAUGAUUACAACAAGAAGCUACGACCAAACACUGGAAGACCAGUAGAGCAGCUAAGGUACUCAAAGAUCAUUGGGAGUCUUAUGUACGCGAUGAGCUGUACAAGGCCAGACAUAACACUCGAUGUAGGAAUGCUUAGUAAGUUCACAGGUAAUCUUAGAAAGCUUCAUUGGGAUGUUGUUCAAAGAUUGAUGAGAUACUUGAAAGGACCUACAGGUCUGGGCUUAUUCUACAGUGGAUAUUCGGCUGUAAUCGAAGACUAUUCAGAUGCGAGAUGGUGCUUAGAACCAGAUGAGUGCAGAUAUACUGGAGGUUUUGUCUUCAUCAUGGGUGGAGCUGCCGUCUAG